AGGGCUUUGCCAGCGUCCUGUCCUGGCCUCUGCUGGGAAUGCAGGGCGCCCCCUCGCUGUCACCCUCACCCACUUCAUACGGUGCCUCCCUGGCUGGAUACACUUUCCGCUGCACGUUCACACCAGGGGACGCAGGGGGAAGCCAGCGGGCUGACUGCUGCGGCCAGAGCCCGGACCCAGUGACACCGGGAAGGACCUCGGUCCCGAGGGCCCAGGGAUCCCUGAAAGGCGUUUCUGAUGAUCCGGAGAGGUGCGUCUGGGCCGCCUGCUUCUGGUCCUUCCGUGGCGCCGCACCCCCGAGAGCCUCCGAUGGAGUGCCAUUCGAGGUCUGCGCUAAUCCCGAGCCUUUUAGGAGCACUGAGAAGGUGAGCCGUCCUCCGGGUGCGCUGACACGUGGGAAAGAAGAUGCAGGACUGGAGCAUCCACCCCCGCUGGUGUCCUGGGACAAGGUAUUCCUGAGAGCCAGCCACCUCCGUACAUGGGGAGCUCGGGCUUUGCUUCCAGAAACCGCAUACACGAUCUGUAAAGGCUCCGAGUGGCCCGUGUGGGGCCUGCCGGGUUCGCUCCGGGCUGGGUCUGAUGCCUUCUACCACACGCCGCUGGUCUUGGAGCGCUUCUACCCGGUGUGGAGGUCUCAGCCUGUGACCCUGGGCGUAACAUUCGAGUCUGAGAUCCUCUGUGACAUAUCCCGAGGCCUCUCCUACACCUGGACCUUCUGGAACUCCCAGGGGUGGCCGGUGCCCCUGCCCCCCACUGUCAGCACCAACAGGCAGACCGUCACCGUCCCCAGCUACUUCCUGGAGCCCGGGAACUACACCGCUCUUGCCAGGGUUCAGGUGGAAGGCAGCGUGGUGCACAGCAACUACAGCGUGGCGGUGGAGGUGCGAGCCCGGGCCCCCGUCAGCGUCAUCUCCGAGGGCACGCACCUGCUCCUCUCCAGAGCCCCCUCGUUCACCGUCGUCCUCACGGGCUCCCAGUCCUACGACCCAGACCGCCCGGGGGCCGCCCUCAGCUAUCACUGGACGUGCACGGCGGCCAGCAGCCCCGGGCACGCAUGCUUUGCUGCCUCCUCUGCACGCGGCCUGGGCGCUGGGGCUCCCUCCCUGGCCUUCCCUGCGGACUCUCUCAGCGACAGCUAUGACCAGUUUCUCGUGACGCUGACGGUGUCCAGCGCCGGCCGGAACUCUUCAGCGGCGCAGGUGUUCCUGUCCCCUCGCCCCGACUCGGCUCUCAGAUUCGUCCACAUCUCCUGGGUCAGCUUUAAGGACGUGUUUGUUAACUGGAACGAGGAGCUUUCUUUUCAAGCCAAGUGUGACGAGUGUGGUGAAGGGCCCCAUCUGUCCUACUCCUGGGACCUCUUCCUGGUCAACGGGACAGAAAGGACCCAAAUGGAAGUUCCCUUUUGUAGAACAGUGGGGCUGCUGGGCGCCGCCGGAUUGGGGGCCAUUUCGAAGCUGCCAGAGUCCAGCGCACCGCCCACGGAGCCGAGCUGGCUGGAGCCGCACGCAGUAGGCACACCAUCUUCACGGGAGCCGUUACCACAGACCCAGGGCCAGCUGGUCCUCUUGGCCACGGGGAAACCCUCCUCGGGGCCCGCGGUCGGCCGGCACCGGGUCCCUGCUGCGGGUGACCAGGGGUCCCCGGGGCCCAGCCCCCCUGGGAGCCCGUGCCCCUCCCCCUCUGAUUUUGAAGCCUAUUACAGCGAUAUCCAGGAAGCCAUGCCGUCCAGAGGGAGACAGCCUGCCAACUGGGCCGAUGCCAGCCUCCCGGGAGCAGGCCCGAGUUCGAGUGCUGACGGGGGCCGCGGGGACGGGGACAACCUGCUGGGCCCCUCGGCCCCCCUGGCCGCUGCCAGGCCCACCCUCGCGGUGGACUGGCCCAAGUCCCCGGUCGGCCGCGCUCGCUUCCACGGCUACACCUCGUCUGGUAUCACGGGACACACGGUGACGAUAAAGCCAUUCUCACUGAGCCCUGGGGACACAUACGUCCUGCAAGCCUCUGUGGCUUCCCCGCACCGCUUACUGGGGAGAGCUCAGCUGUACGUGACGCUCAAUCCGGCUCCGCGGGACGUGGCCUGCCAGGUGCAGCCACAUCGUGGCCUCGAGGCUCACACUGUCUUCAGCGUCUUCUGCAUGUCGGGGAGACCGGACUUCCAUUACGAAUUUAGUUACCAGAUAGGAAAUGCCUCCAAACGCCCUCUGUACCACGGGAGAGACAGCCAGUAUUACUCCGUGCUGCCAGCCGGCGAGCCCUUGGACGAUUAUAAAAUCACGGUGACCACUGAGAUCACAGACGGCGUGGGCUCCCGGGCGCCGCCGUGCGCCGUGACGGUGACCGUGCGGCCCCGUUUCCACGGGAAUCUCUGCCUGGACGAGGACACCUAUAACUCCAGCCUGAAGCACCUCUCCACCCUUCAGCUGAUGGGCAGUUACACAGAGGUCAGGAACUACAUCACCGUGAUGACCAGGGUCCUGACUCGUUGGGCUGCAGAGGACAGAAGUCCCUCGUGUGGCCAAUGGUCACGAAUACAGGAUGCGCUGAUUUCUUCUGUGUGCAGACUGCCUUUUGCAGAUCAGGAAGAAAUGAGCGAUUCUGUUCUCAUGUUAAGGGACCUCCUACGCUUCCCUCAUAAGAUCGGCCAGGUGGUCGCCCCGUCCCUGUUCAGCUGCUCCAGCAGGAGACCCAUCAGCAGGUGGCGGCUGAGGGAGCCCAUGACCGUGGAGUUCGGGGAGGAGGAUGCCCUGGAAAAUAGAACUAAGAUGACGUUUGUGCUGCUCCGGGAUAGAGUGAAUGUUCAUCAGUUCAUCGGGCAUUCUGCAAACCCCCAGGAAUCUCUGCACAUAAGGAUAGAAUUUUCUAGGCCUGUUCUGAGAGCUUUCCCGGUCAUGGUGCUGGUAAGGUUCUCUGAGAAACCUACUCCUUCUGAUUUUCUCGUGAGGAAGGUCUACGCCUGGGAUGAGCAAACGGUGCAUGUGUAUGCACCUGCUGGUCCUCCGAGAGACACCAGCUUGGGAUAUUUAUCCUUACUAGACGCUGACUAUGACAGAAGCCCUCCGAACAAAUACUUGGCGCCGGCAGUGAACUACACGGUGCGUUUCCAGUGGGUCCAGUGCCUCUUCUGGGAAGCGAGAGAGUGGAAAUCUGCAAGCUUCUCUGCACAGCCAGGAGCGUCUCCAGAAAAAGUGACCUGCAGCUACGACCGCCUUGCGCCGCUCUCUGUCGCAAGAAGAAACCUGAACGCCAGUUUUUCAGUGAGUGACGUUUCCAAGUGGCAGAGCCACCCGGAGAACCUGCUUCCCAGUAUUUUGGUGGUGGUUUUUACGAUUCUUUAUGCACUUCUGGUUACUAAAAGCAGACGUGUAGAUCGUCAUGAGAAGAAGAAAGCUGGUUGCAUUUUUCUGCAAGAAGAUGCUCCCCCCGGCCACCAGCUGUACGCAGUUGUCGUGGACACGGGCUUCCGGUCUCCUGCCCGCUGUAGUGCCAAGGUUUACAUUGUUCUCUGUGGUGAGAAUGGGUUUUCAGAACCCAGAGAACUCUACUGUCCAGAGAGGCCCCUGUUUGAAAGGAAUUCCAGACAUACUUUCGUCCUGAGCGCCCCCGCCCUGCUGGGCCCGCUCCGGAGCGUCCGUCUCUGGCACGACAGCCGUGGGCCCUCCCCAGCCUGGUACGUGAGCCACGUCAUGGUGAGAGUGCUGGCCCCCGGGCACGGGCAGAGCUCGCUCUUCCCCGCCGAGUGCUGGUUGGCGGCGAGCAGGCGGGACGGCCGCGUGCAGCGGGAGCUGAGCUGCCUGCGCGGGGGUCUCGGCUUCUGGAAGCUCCUGUAUUCAAAGUUUACGGAGUACCUGGAGGAUUUCCACGUCUGGACCUCCGUGUACAGUCAGCCGUCCCCCAGCGGCUUCCCGCACACGGCGCGCCUCACCGUCGUCUUUGCCUUGCUGUGUGCGUACGCCUGUCUCACUGCCCUGCUCACGGCUGCGGGACGAGAGCAGCUCCCGUGGGCUCUCGGCGCCCCCGAUGCCACCGCCGGGUCCUUCCAGACGGGUCUCCUGUGCACCCUGCUGGCUUCUCCCGGGGCUCAGCUCUUGUCGCUGAUCUUGAGGCUCAGCCAGGUACGGGCAGCCUGCCCGCGUGCCCUGCUGUCCCGGGUCCUCCCGCAUGGUGGGAUGCCCGCCCCGAACAACCCCCUUCCUUCUGCAGGAAGCCCGCAGGCCCCUGAGAAGAGCACCCUCAGAGGCAGCUCAGGGCCCUCACUCCCGGGGAAGGACGGCAGACGCCCAGAAGACGCACGAGCGUCACAGCCUCUCGCGGUGCACCAGGGCCUGCAGGGGGGCAGCAGGUGGCCGGAGCGCGGGCUGUCUGUCGCCCAGGUUCGGGUGCCGGCCGUGGACACUGCUCCACGGACCGCAGUUGGCGAGGCGGCGCUGGUGGUGGGAGGCGGCCAGGUCUGGCCGGCCCCCAGCAGCGGGUUUCGAGGACUUGCUGAGCUGCGGUGGCCGCAGGCACUGUUGCCUUGGUCAGGCUGCGCAGCGUGGGCCGUUUGCGGGAUGGUCUCUGUGGCCUGUGGCUUAGGGACGGCGUUUCUAGGAUACAGGUUCAGCCCGACGCAGUGUGUGCGCUGGUUGCACCUGCUGACGCUGUCCGUGCUGUGCUGCGUGUUCAUCUCGCAGCCGCUUCUGCUGGGCCUCGUGGCCGUGGGCUUUGCCUGGAGAAGGCGAGACGACCCGCACUUCUUCACCGAGUCUCUGCGCGCGGCCACCGAGGGCCUGGACUCUGAGCUUGAGGAGCGAGCGAGGUCCCGCGCGCGGCACCACGCGAGCCAGAUGGAGGAGAUGUUGGCCGCCCGACAGCGAGCACGCCGCCUGCGCUGGGCACGUCCACCGUCCGCAGCCCAGCUCAGCGUCAUCAGGGAGAGGACGAGAAGAGAGACCCGGACAAGGGUGGCCCUGAGAGACAUCUGCAUGUACACCCUCAUGCUGCUUCUGCAUGUAUUUAUACUUUGUGGGAGAUGCUCCCAGGAUGAAUAUUCUCUCAAUCAAGCCAUCCGGAAUGAGUUUACAAGGGGUGCUGGGAGCGUCUCCGGCGGCCUGAGAAGUGUGGGUGACUGGUGGGGCUGGAGUCUGACCACGCUGCUGGACGGCCUGCACGGGGGAGGCGCCUCCACAGCCGGCCCGCCAGGCACUCAGCCUGGAGCCCUUGGUGGGAAGUGCUACCUGCUGGGCACUCCGGUCAUCCAGCAGCUGAGAGAUCCUUCUGGCGGCGUGUGCGAGCUUCCCAGCCCACCUUCAGCACUUUCCGAAGACUCUCCUCCUCCACAUGGCCCCAAAGUCGGAGGCCCUGACACCCCCUCUGCGGCAGAUCCCGCCAUCCAAAGAGUGGCCCCGAGUGGCCCCAGAGGCUGUGGGGCCAGGGAGCCCUGGGUGCUCAGCCUGGGCAGCACAAGGCCGGCAGCCCACGCAGCCCUGAGCAGCCUCCGGGCCAGCAGGUGGAUCGACCGCAGCACCAGAACCGUGUCUGUGCACUUCGCUCUCUAUAACCCUCCCACUCGACUCCUGUCCAGCGUGUCCCUUCGCGCCGAGCUUCUCCCUGCAGGGGGCCUGGCCUUCUCCCCAUUGGUGGAGUCGCUGGCUGUCUUCCGCAGUGACUCGGCCCUGUGGUCCAGCCCCACGCUUCCCGAGCUGGCCCUCCUGCUGCUCAGCCUGACUCACCUCUGCUUGCAACUCUGCAGCCUGGCCGAGAAGGGUUUCCGCAGCUACUGUCGCAAACCAGGGACCUGGCUGGAGCUCGCAGUAGUGGGAGCCGGCCUCGCCUGCCACGCAGCCUCCAGCCACCUGGCGACGCUCGCUGGGGAGGUGACCGACCACUUCCACAGAGGACGCUUCCGAGGAUCUAUGGAUCUCACUGUGGCGGCCUCGUGGAAUCAGGUACAGCAGGGAGUCCAGGUGGGUCCAUGCUCUGUGACGCUGUCCAGAGGAAGAGGUCAUACACGUUCUAGAAGGUUCCAGACAAGGCAUUUGUUCCAUAUUGAGGGAAAUGCUCAGAGCUCGAGGAUGAGGGUGAGCGGGACAGGGAAGUGCUGGAAUCCACGCUGUGGGCUGGGGCGCCCUGGUCUGUGUGGGGACUCAGAGCACGGAGUUGCUCCAGUGACUCCCUGUGACCCUGAGUGGGGGAAGGAGCAGGUGUUGAGGUGGCGGAAAGGAGGCACCAGCAGACUUAGGCACGUCAGGUCUGUCCUCUCUCCUCCUUCUGCGCCGUCCAGAGCCUCAAAGCUCACCUCCCCCACGCCGCGGGACUCCUGGAGCUCCCUUUUCUACCCAAGGGUGACCUGGCUCCAGGGGACCCUCUCGUUCCUCCUGACGCUGAAGUUCAUCUGCCUCAUUGGCAUCCCGAGCACGAGGGCAUCCUGCUCCUUCCUGCUGCGUCGCUCUCUGGCUGGCAUCUGCACGGCAGGGCUGGUGGGCAUCCUGACGCUGGCUGCCCACUGCCACCUGUGCGCGGUCCUGCCAGGCACCUUCGCAGACUUCUCCCGAGGCCCACUGUUCCGUCUUCCGGGAAGAAGCCGAACAGACACAUCCCGCCGUCUUUCCGGGUCUGACCUGUGGGCCCUGACUUGGUGCUGCGGGGCCCUUUUCACAGUAGUGAGCACUGCGUGGUGGGGAAUGCUGAGAGGUUCCCUCGCGACUCUUGCUCGAAAAAGGAAAUCUUUUCAAAGCCAGUCCCUCGUGAGCCUGGCCGAUAUGACUGCCUGCGUGCGGGGGGCGGCCCGGGCCUGGCUGGGGCUGGAGAGGCCGCAGCGGGAGGAGGUGGAGAUGGCUGGGAGGCGGAAUUACUACAUGGAUGAAGUUUCCGAUCUGCUAGAUGAACUUCUGUGGAAAAUUCAUGGUUUGUCUGACAGCCUACAACGUCCUCGUCCAGAGCUGCGAUUUGGUGAUACAGGAGAGACCAGGGCAGAAGGCUGUCCCGCGGUGGGCAUUUCUGCCUAACAAGCCA